AGGAUGAAAGUGGAAAGAUAUAAUGGAGGAAGAGGAGACGAAGACCGACUGGAUUUUUUGAAAAGCAGAAUUUUCGCCAACUAAUCAAGAGAAAGAGAGAGAGAGAGAGAGCGGAAAUUGGCUUCACGUGGCGAAUAAGCUUUCUUAGUUCAAUGAAUCAACAAUGGAAAAUAUCGUUAAUUCGGUUAAAAGUAUAGCCCUCGAUGUGGGUCAGUAUUUAACACCUGUGCUUCGCGAAUCAAAAUUCAAGGAAACAGGCGUAUUAAAUCCUGAAGAAUUCGUUAUUGCGGGCGAUUAUCUUAUACAUCAUUGUCCAACUUGGUCGUGGGGUCAAUUAGAUCCUUCAAAAGCCAAACCAUAUUUACCUAUAAACAAACAGUUCUUGAUCACACGUAAUGUGCCAUGUUUUAGUCGUUGUGUGGAUAUGGAAUAUGAUCCAUCACAAGAAAAGAUAUUGAAAAGUAAAGAGUGGAAUGAAGAGGGUGAUUUCACCAACGUCGAGGAUGAUGAAGGGUGGGUUGAUACGCACCAUUAUAUAUUAGAUACUACUCAGAAACCUGCAUCGAUGUUCGAAAUAUCUGAAACGGAUUCUUCUGAGUCAAAACAGGUAGAAGAACCUGAGGACGACGAUGAUAGGCCACCAAUGGACAUGGAUACGUUUGUAGCUGAAGGCGGUCUCGAGGAAGACGAUCCUUAUAGAUUUGUUGAAGAGAAUAGAAAUCGAACCGAAGGUGACACGGAUAACGUCUUGCAUACACGUACUUAUGAUCUUCACAUAACUUACGACAAAUAUUAUCAGGUACCUCGUCUUUGGUUGUGUGGAUAUGACGAAAACAACAAACCACUUACUGUCGAUAAAAUGAGCGCAGAUUUUUCGCAGGAUCACAUUAAUAAGACGAUUACAAUGGAAUCUCAUCCAUAUUUCCGCACUGCAAUGGCUUCCAUCCAUCCUUGUAGACAUGCGGAAGUAAUGAAGCGUCUUAUUGAGCAGCUUGCUGAGUCAGGAAAAGAACUGAGUGUUGAUCAAUAUCUCCUUAUAUUCCUCAAAUUUGUUCAGGCAGUGAUUCCAACAAUAGAGUAUGACUACACACGAAGCAUCCAGUUUUAAUUCGGUUAAUUAUAUAAAACAAUGAAUAAUUUUAUGUUAGCUUCUACGGACAUCUCUCAAUUGCUCACUUAUUUGUCAGUGUUGAAUUUCUUCUUUCAUGAAGAUUGUCUUACUUUUGGAAUUCUACAGUCCAUGAAGUGUCUGCUUGUUUGCUUGAAAGAAAACUUUCGAGGCUGCUUUCCUUCAGAAUUUGACUUUUUCACUCUAUGUUUUUACUUGUUUUAAUGAAUUUUUCACGAGAUUUUUUUUUCUGACCUUUCCUAGUGCUUUUUUUCUGACUUUUCCUAACCUUUUCUAGUGCUUAUGUUGCAUUCUACAUUAAAGUUGGAAUAUCUUCUACGCUUUGUAAGUUCUGAUUUCCAUUUUGGAAUGAUUGAUUUGGUGUAAAGGAGAGUAAUGUGUAAAAAAGCUUUAUAAAUUUUCAAUGAAUAUAAUCUCUUUUUUUGCUCGUAAAGAACAAAAGAUGAGUGGGAA